AUGGCGCCCUCGAACAUGUUCUCAUACCUCAGGCCAGGCCAUGCAAAGCGCAAUGCCUCGAGCCUAGCCUCCCCAGACCCCGUCUCCAAUCCUGCCGCCCUCCCACUGCCCUCGCCGUCGCAAAACACCGAGUACUUUGCAUCGCCGCGCAUGCCUGAUAAUGCAAGCUUCACCUCUGGCUCGCCUAUAUCGCCCUUUCCUCCACAGCUGCCACCUAUAACGCGCGUCGCCUCCAAGCUAGACAAGGCCAGGGUCGCACAAAACUCUCCACGCCCUGCAGGUCAGCGCCCGGUUUCCACAGCGGGGCCAAGUAGUCAGUCAGCGCAGGAUCGCAGCAUGCUGUCCCCGCCGCAGCGCGCGCAGGAACCACACUCUCCUAGCCUGGAGAAGAAGCCUGCCUUCUUGCGCUCCAAGACAGACAUUACACCCACGGGCCUUCGACCGCAAGGACUGGGCAUCUCACACAAGCUAGACCACACGCACGCUUUAGACACCCUCUCUUCAGCGUCGACACAUCUGACGCCCUCGCUCACGUCCCCUGGCCAUGCGAGCUGCUCCAAGUCCCAGACGUCACUCAUGAGUGGCUUGACGGACAAGCUCUCUGGCAGCUCCAAAGCAACAGCCGCGCCUACGACCGCACCCGCCAAGAGCAAAUCCAGGCUCAGGAAUCCCAUGUCGCUGCUGAUGCGACGGAGAUCUGGUCAGACGCUCGAUCCUCUCCACGAUGAGUCGCUGGUCACACAACGCUCACCUUCGUUCGUCCCACCAAUCCACGACAACUACGAUCCCAGUAUUCGCGGCAAUAUCGUCCAUGACUUCAACGCGCCCAGACUGAAUAGAAACUUCUCGUACAACAACGCCUACGGUAGCAGCCCAGCACCACCAGGUGCUCCCGGCGACUUAGACCGGGUCAGUCCGCCCAAGAUUGAGAAAGAGCACACUCCAGUGUUCCGCGAGCACUUCGACGAUGACACAAGCUACGAGCAAUCACAGGCCGCCGUCAGAGCUGAGCAGUUGGCGAACAACGACUUCGUAGCGCGGAACUCGAUGAUCCUAUUGUCUGAGCCUUCGCCGCCUGAGCCCUCACCUGCCCCUAGAAAUGUGCCUCCUCCUACCGCAAAAGAGACACCCUCUGAAACAUCCCCGCGAUCGACCUCGCCGCCACCUCCACCACCCUAUCAGGCCACUGACCUUAGCCCUUCGAUCCUUUCUCCUGUUGAGGAAGUACCCAGUCCGACCUACGCACCAACUGACAAUGCACCAAAGGCGAAGAAGUCGACCAAAAGCCCUCCACCGACGCGAUCACGUGCAACUUCAGUCACAGAUCCUUCUUGGCAGCCAGCCGGGUUGCCUGCACAUCUCAGUAGUCGAGCAUCGAGGUUUAGCUUUCAAAUCAACGAUGUCAGCGACUCCACGCAAGAACACGUCAUGGAGGAGAGGCACCGGAAGAAAGCAGCAGAGAAGGCCUCCAAGCAAGCGCACUUGUCCACAAACACCAUUGAGGACGAGUACGACCAGUAUGGCUCUGACAAUGACUUUGACAUGGAUGACGGAUUCGAAGAAGAAAUCCCCAUGUUAGGAGAGGAGGAUGAGUUUGGUGGACUGGGAAACCAAAGCAUUAACGAUGGCAUCAGCACGUUCGACUUUUCCACACUAUCGAUAAAUCCGGGUACCACGAAUCAGAUGAGUCCCGUGGGACUGAACGGCCAAGUCCAGACUCCGUACGAUGUCAACGGUAAUCCGAUAGGAUUCGCGCUGUCUGGUGGGAUGCAACAAAUGCAGUCAAACAUGAACGACACCUACCUGAACCCUGAAGAGGAUGACGACGACGAAGACAAAACCCAGCAGCUGAACGCACCCAGACCUCAGCCUGAAUUACAGUUUCCUGCGAAACAAGCUGCAACAGAUCCAAAUGAUCUUGACACCACGUCCAGCAACGACCCCAGCUCAGGAGGUCCUGACCUUGACGAUGAUAUGUACUUUGAUGAUGGGCUCAUAGGGGAGCAGGAUCUUGGCGAUGCUGCAGCAUUCAACGAAGAGAUGUUCGAUGAUCCUGAAGGCCCUCUGUACGAGCGGAAGAUGAAGCCAGCAGCCGCAGAGGACGUACCCUCGUCACAUCCUCUGCAAGCACUGCCGUCAGAGACGGGAUACGAAGCGGACGAUGAUACACUGCCCAAGCACUUGGAAAAGUCAGAGCCUUCGUUAGCUCACAAGACGUCCGUUGCGCAUGCACCAACCGGACGAACCAUGGUAAGCUUUGACGACAUGGGCUCGUAUCACAUCGCACUUGUCGAUGCAGCAAACCGGGCUGAAGCCGAGGGACGCUUCGCGCGGAAAGCGAGUGUUGAUAUCGGCAACUCUAGCUCUGAGCUUGACGAUUCUUCAUCCGUUAGCCACUCACGCCCGAGCUUAGUACCAGAUGAUGGCCGCUUCAGCCUGGAUACGGUUGGCUUCCCCCCCGAUGAUGAUGUCUACGGGACGGACAUGAGCUUCCAGGAUGAUUACGAUUACAGCGAGUACGACUCGGCGCUCGAGAACGACCCCAUGAUUGCAGCUGCCAACGCUGAAGCGCUGGCUUUUGACGAUGAAGGAUUUUAUGGACGCGAGUUUGGUUUUUACGCCGCAGCUGGUGACGCACAGAGUGAAUGGGGUGGUGUCUUCGGUGCUUCAGGGCUCAAUCGCGCCGUCAGUGGACGUAAUGCUGUAAGGGAGCCCAACUUGACCCCAAUCACGGAGCGAAGCGAGUACAGCACCCGAAACUCAUUCAUCAGUCUCAACCAUUUCCGGGAUGGAACACUGCCGAUUGCGAGCCCCGGUCUUGCUCAGUUGGCGCGGAUGAGUCCGUACGAACGGCCUGGCGAAGAAGAAGACAUGAGCCUUGAUACGCUCAUGCGAUUGAGGAAAGGCGCUUUUGGCGGAAGCGCAUCUAGCUUGCCUAGCUCUACUGCAAAUAGUCCGCGCAACUCAUCACCUUUUGGUAUGCAAUUUGCAUUGCGGGCCAGUAGUGCGGCCGGCAAUCGCAUGCAGGAACAGCACGAAAGUGAGGUUGAAAGCGAUGAGUCUGAAAAUGUAGCGGGGAGUUUCGACGAGGAGGAGGAAGACGACGAUGGUCUGAUGGCCGCAGUCAAUGGCGCUUAUGAAGAAGAUGACGAUGGCUACAAUGACGGAGAUGAGCGACCUGAAAGCCCUACCCUCACAGCGAGCGACUACAAUUCGCUAUCAAGCCCCACGGGACAUCUCCAGAGCUUGCCACCUUUCUCACCACCGAGGCGGCCCCAGAUCCUGCAGAUGCAGAGCUUGUACAUGCAGGCUCCGUCUCUCCUUACAUCAGCCAUGAAGUCGCCCGCAAACAUUGCCUUGCCCAUGUCGCCAUUCGGCAUGCCGCUGCCGUCCCCGUUCACGAUGAGCCAACACCCAGCGUCACCCCCGCCUAUUGAUACCUCUCUCUCGUCACCUGCAGCGACCACAUCGAGCGGCCCACGACGCCAAUCGGCAGGGUUCGCGUCACCUGUCUCAGCGACCUCGCCUAUGACGCCGAGUGGCAGCGGUUGGAGAGGCGGACAUUCACGAAAGGGAAGCGCAGCCGAUAGCGUGACGUACGUACGAGAGCACGACGAGGCCGGCGAGGGGCGAUGGGUGCUUGAGAGGAGACGCACUGCCGAGAGUGGGGAGCUGGAGUUGAUUGGGAGAGAAAUUGUUGAAGGUGGAAGAAUCUGA